GCUGUUUACUCUGAGCAGAGGACUUUGUUUCAUUUCUGAAGAAAUACUUGGUGGUGUAUACCCUCCUAUAACCUGUUUUUUAUCCUUUAAGCUCUUCAUCAAGUCUAUAUCGUUAGUUACUUUGCAUAAUCAGUCUGCAAUCUGGUUCCACUAAAACCAUUAAGAACAUAUGAUGUCACCAGGAAGGUUUUAAGGUGUGUCCUCCUGACAGACCGCGUGCCAGCAGCAGGAGCCGGGAGAUCAGGAUGUCAGAGGAGAGUGGACUUUCAGACGAAGGUCCACGGAAAGUGUCCUACAUUUUCCCGAAUGGGGACAGUUAUGAAGGAGAAAGCAUUAAAUCUGAAUCAGGAGUAGUGAUGAGAAGUGGGCCGGGCACACAGAGUUCAGCCAAUGGCGUCGUGUAUACCGGAGAUUGGCAGGAGGAUCAGAUGAACGGCAGAGGAACCGUAGCCUACGCUUCGGGGGCGAUCUACGAAGGGGAGCUUAAGGACAACAGGUACCACGGUAGAGGGACCUACACCUUCCCAGACGGGUCCAAGUACACGGGCGCCUUCUUCAACAACAGGCUGGAAGGAGAAGGGACUUUCACAUGCCCAAAGGGAUUGGUUUGGACUGGAGAUUUCCAUGGCAAAGCAGCACUAGGCCUCAAACUGCAACAUAAUUUCUGACACACAGACAUACACACAUUUGGAUAUGGUUUCGGGGGAGGUAAUGCCCAAUGCGCCUAGUAAGUAAUCUCAGACAUGAAUAAAGCCAUGAAGAAUAAGACCUUGCCUAUGGCAGGCAAGUGUACCGGAUGCGAGUGGACUGCCACUGCAGGUCAAUAAUUUUGCAUGAAAAAACCUCAUUUGGAUUUUGAUUAACUUCCACACCGGCAUGUUUAAUAGAGGAAGCCUCGACACCAAUUACAAUUCUCCAUCUUAUAAGGACAAAUUGCAUUAUUCGUCAAUGUUUUAUUUUCUUAACCCAAUUUGGAUUUUGUACGUUUUUGUUAAGGUAACAAAUGUAUUUGUUAAACAGUAGUUUUGUAAACACUGUUUUAUCCACGCUGUGAGUUCUAUCCUCUCAUGGUGCUUGUAUUAACUUACCAUGAGAGGAAAUGUACUGUAGAAUGGAUGCCAGUGCAUUAGCACUUUAAUCCCCCGCAGUCCAAUCAGAUGAGGCAUAGAAUAUGCCUGUAACCAACCAACAUCUGUAUGCUAACCACUCACUCAUCACCCGGAGGGGUGUGUGUGUGUGUGUGUGUGUGUGUGUGUGUGUGUGUGUGUGUGUGUGUGUGUGUGUGUGUGUGUGUGUGUGUGUGUGUGUGUGUGUGUGUGUGUGUGUGUGUGUGUGUGUCUCCACGAUCCCGCUAUUCUUUGCUGGAAAAUAAUUGUUAACAGUGUCAUAGAUAUCAGUGUCUUAUUAAUUGCCUCACAUAGGCCCAUACAUUUUAGAAUCUUCAUUAAUUUAUCAGUUGAACUGAAUACGCCUUUCUGUCUAGCCGUGGCACCUGUGCACUCUUCAUGAGACACUGACAUAUAACAGUUAAUAAAACACAAUACAAAACAUCAAACGUAAUUUGGACAAACCUUUUUAAUUGAAGCAGCUCCGAUAUUUUCCUUCUGAGUAAUCAUAUAUUAUUCAUCAGUCAUUGCACAUAACCCUGAACAUAUUCACUGUAUUAAGCUAACCUUGGUAUAUGUGAAACUGCAAAAUAAAUUAAAAAAACACAAUAAAUGCACACAUAUAGUAGUAGGAUUAUUAAUAUGAUGCUUAAAACAUCCAAGCACCAUACCAAGAAAACUCCAUUUGUAAUGAUUGUACAAGUUUCAGGUAGUAAAAAAUAAAAAGGUCUUGUAUUGCGAAACACAAAUAUUUUUUUGAUGUGGACAGCCUUUGAACAAGGCCUCCAUGAUGAACACCGCCUACUGGAGGCUGUACUUUAAAACACACAAAAAUAAACAACUAUCCAUUAUGGCACUCAAAUUUGGCACGUUUAAAAAAACGAAAAGUCGGUGUAACAUACUUACAAGUAUAAGUCUACAAACUCAACAAUAUAUGGUAUCCAGUGUCUCUAUGACCCUGUGCGAGUAUCACACAAUACAAUCUGAAGUUGAUCCUACAAACAGUUAUCUAGGGACACGAGUGUGUGGAUCCCAGGUAUACAACGAGAAAGGAUAACCGAUAUUGAAUAUCGUGGAAGCUUUUUAAAAACCGUCAUAUCAUCGUACCGCCGCUAACCUGAGAAGCUAGAAAAUAUCUCUAUUAUUUUCCAGGAUAUUGCCUUUCAGAGAGAAACAGACACUGGUAAAAUUCUCUUAAUUCCACAUCAAACGCAAAAAAAUAUAAAAUGUAUUAUUGUGCUGGAACCAUUGUUAGACACAAAACCGUAAAUGUAAAAGUGAUAUUCAACAGCUAUUCCAAAGAACAGAUUAAAAUGCAGCCAUGCACUUUUGUUCAUACACAGAAGCUCAAGUCAAUAUUCAAUGUAGAAAUAACCAUUCUAUAAAACAAAUUUGACAAAUCUUCCAACAAGCCGAGAGAAACUACCAAAUAGACUUUAGCAAGGAUACAAAACAGAAACCAUAGAUCUUUUUGUAUGUGCUUAUUCAUUUCAGUGGACGAAACUUCCAGAAACUCAUUAGAAAACUAGAGAAAAACCAUUCUGACCAUCAACACUUUAUUUAGGUAGGUUGGAGUUGUUUUUUAAAGGAGUAAAAAUCUCAGUCAGUAAAGACUUUUCAGAGAUUUCAUAAAAACACAAACAGCACCAUUUUGUUUGACAGAGUGUGUUCUUCUCAGCUUGGGGAGGGGUGGUUAAUUGCCCACCAAGGCCACUUGGAGCUUGGGUAAGUUAUCGUGCCGUUGCCAGGCCGACCGGUAAGCAGGAUAGCGAGAUAAUGGCCGGGUAAGGGGCGAGACAGACUCCUGUACCUUCCAGCGGACAUCUUUCAGUCAAGAAUCACUUUAGGGCAGAUAAAUCAAUAAUCUAUAUUUAUGCAUAUACAAAAACAUGAAAAUUAUGUCCCAUGCUUACACAAUAAACUCUAUCGAGGCUGUCAGAAUUAGAAUACAUAUAUUAUUGUAUUAUGCUAGUAAUGUACAAAAUAAAAUAUGAUAAGGUGGAGGAAUUCUGUCUAGCCUACCCCUAUGUUCAGGAGUAGUUUAGGUCCCCUUUAACCUAUUCAUCCUCAAAUACAUAAACUUACUGAUGGUAUAUACAGUAUAUAUCUAUUGGGUGUCCAAUUAUUAGCUUAUUUGUGUUCAUCAAAACUAUCUUAAAUGGUGAGUUCCCAAAGAAGUCCUGUUUUAAUAAAGAUUUAAGAAAAGCUUUCACAUCAGUGAAUUCGGAGCAAAAAAAUGCCAUGGCUGCAGUGAAUAUAAAUAACACAUUACAAACAAACGACGCCAUUCAACGGUCAUAAAAAAAUGACAAUAAAUACAAAAAACUGAACAGCUUAAUCAAACCGCUUUAAAGCACACACGCACACAGUUAUACAAAUAAACCCAACUACAUAUCAAGAAGGAAGUAUGUGUCGUUUGAAGUCAGCUUCAACGUUUAAGAAAAUUACUUUAGUGAUUACGGUUAUUAUUAGAUAUUAUAUUAUUGUGUGUAACUGUUGCAGAUCCUUAGCUGCUACAACAUUUCCGUUCUUCGCUGGUCAACCUGUUCUCAAAGUAGUCGUCGGCACAAGCUUUAUCCAACUUGGUGUGUGUUCAGUAGGUCCCCACACUCUCUCUCUCACCUGAAUCGACUCUCUCUCCCUCAUGUUGUGUCUCUCUUUAAACUUACCUCUCCCCCCUCCCCUUCAGUUUCUCCAGCAAAUGGAAAAGUCUCUCUCUCCCUCUCCCUCUCUCGCUCUCUCUCCCUC